CACGGCCGACAGUGCGCCUCGCGUGCUCUCGACAUGGUUGUGCCGUGGACCUCCGCUGUGGUGGCGGUGAUUCUCCUGGCCGGCCCGGCACGCGCUGCCACCGACGGCGAUGGUGCCGCCCGAGAGCUGUUCGACAGAUACUUCGACUGGCGGAUGCAGGACAACCCGGAGUUCGCCACCGUGGUUGGCAACCACAGCUACGACGACCGGCUGACUUCUGUGUCGAUGUCGGCGCACCGUUCCAGGCUGACGCAGAUGCAGUCGUAUCUGAUUGAGGUGUCGAAGCUGUUGAAGGACGACCUCAGCUACCACACCAGGGUCAGCGCCACCGUACUGAGGGACAACUUAGUCGCCUUCGUAGACGGAGAAACGUACAAAGGAUACCUCUUCCCAUCAACAUAUCUAUACAGCGUCGGAAAAGCUCUGAGCAAAGUGAUAAAACACAUGCCUUUUAAAAACGAGCAAGACUAUCGCAACCUUCUAAAAAGGUAUGGCGCGUUUCCGAGAAAAGUGGAGGAAGUCAUCAUGCUGCUCAGAAUGGGCAUUGAGGAAGGAAUGGUGCUGCACAACGUUUCAAUGGAGACACUGCCAGCACAACUGCGCGCACAGAACGUCUCCCUUGACGACUCCAGCUACUUCGCGCCGUUCCUGAAGAUGCCUGAAGAAAUUCGGGAUCCGGUCCGUUCUGAGCUGCAGAUGAAAGGGCGGCAGGCUGUCCAAAUUGAAGUUAUCGGUCAUCUGCUGAAGCUAGCGGACUUUGUUGAGUCGGAAUACCUGCCGAACACCAGGGAGGAGGUAGCUGUGACGUCACUGCCCAACGGGCCGGCGUUCUACGAGGCGUGUCUCCGGUAUCACACCUCGACAAAACUCACGGCGGAGGAGAUCCAUCAGAUGGGCUUGGAUGAAGUGGAAAGGAUUGAGGGCGAAAUGAAAAAGAUAGCCACCAGUCAGGGAUUCCGUGGUGCCAACACUAGUUCGUUUUCGGAGCAGCUGCGAAGCGACCCAUCCAACUACCACAGCAGUCCCGAGGCACUAAUGGCAGGCUUCACGGACAUGAUUCAGAACCGCAUACAACAACACCUGCCUGCUGUCGUCUGGGAACUGCCAGUCGAUGACGUCAUCGUGGAGAUGAAGCCAAUCAGCCAAAAGAAGGCAAUUUUCGCGUCAUACCGGCCUCCAGCGUUCGACGGCUCGCUGCCAGGCAGAUUCCAGGUCAACGUUAACCUGUUUGACAAGACGCCCAAAUACGAGAUGAUGGCUCUGGCCCUGCACGAGGCCAACCCGGGCCACCACCUCUACUUCUCCGCCCUCAAACAGAACAACGGUUUGCCGCGGUUUCGGCGCGCCCACGGCGACGCCGGCGAGACUAGCAUGUCGCCCUCUCGUCUGCUUUCCAACACGGCCCUCGUCGAGGGCUGGGCACUGUAUGCCGAGUCGCUGGGCGAGGCCCUGACCCUGUACGACGGCCACCCCAUCGAGAGGUAUGGCGGCUACAGUCUGGAGAUUCUACGCGCUUGCCGCCUUGUCGUCGACACUGGACUCCACGCUUUCAACUGGACUCAAGAGAUGGCGCUCAAUUACAUGCUGGAGCAUACGGCAUCGCCUCGCGAGCGGUUAGAGAAUGAGGUCCGACGCUACGUCACUUGGCCAGGCCAAGCCACUGCGUAUAAGGUGGGGGAGCUACGUCUGAAAGAGCUCCGUGCCAGAGCCAUCAAGCGGCUGGGGCAAAAGUUUGACUUGCGCAACUUCCACCAGGUGGUGCUGGAUUGCGCCGGACCGCUGUCGGUAGUGGAGAACUGUGUCAAUAAAUACAUUGCGUACGAUGGGCAGUGGGAUGAAGUGCUUGGGUCCAGUGCGGAAACUCCGGCGGCUUGUCUUGUUCCCUAUGCGACUGUGUUGAGCAUUCUCGUUGUAUGCCGCUUUGUUCAGUGGUGAGUGCGACGGGUUUGAAUCGCGUUGCCGACGACGCUGGACAAAGACGAACACGAGUGACAAAGUGGGGCAUAUGUAAUCGGCGUGGGAAAAGGCACGCCCCAGCUCCGGUGAUAAGUGCUCAGUUCACUUGCCAAAAAAGGAGGGACAAAAUAUGUUGCAAUACAAUUAAGGAGCAAGUCCUUCCGCCCCUCGGUACUCCACCUAUCUCUUUGUCAGCCUCGUAGAAUGUUUAAUUGUUGAUCUUGAUGCUGUGGAUCCUGGCUUCUGACUUUUGAUAUUACGUCACAAUUCAUCUUAACAUAUUACUUGGCUUUUGCUGUGAAGAAUCCACUUAUCUACGCAUGUGUGCCAUCUUUCUCAUCUCAGCUUGUGUUGACUGCGGUCGAAUAUAUUGACGUUGUCACAGUG